AUGGAUACUGUAGUUGAUAUCAGUGGUUGUGCGGAACAGGAUAUUGUGAAGUUUGUUUCACAGUCAUUUAAAGGUGAAGCUUUGGCUUGGUGGAGGUCGUUAAUCCAAGCCACAGGGAAGAUUCCAUUGUAUAACUUGUCUUGGGAUCAUAUUGUUACACUGAUCAAAGAGAACUUUUGUCCCCAACAUGAGGUGGAGAAAAUCGAGACUGACUUCUUGACUCUGGUCAUGAAGAAUUUGGACUGUCAGGCGUAUGUUACAAGCUUCAACACCAUGUCCCGAUUGGUUCCUUAUUUGGUCACACCGGAACCGAAGCGCAUAGCACGUUUUAUAGGAGGUCUAGCUCCAGAGAUCAAGGGAAAUGUGAAAGCAUCCAGACCUACCACAUACAGGUCAGUAGUGGAUCUAUCUCUAUCUCUCACACUCAAUGCAGUCAGAAAUAAAUCUGCCAAAGCUUCUGAGGAAGGAAAACGGAAACGGGAGGAUGAGAGUUCUGAUCGCUCUGACAAGAAAAGAAAGGGGAACUCAGUUCAUAAGAAGAGUUCUGGAUUUAAAAAGGACAACCAGCAGUCAGGUGAGAAACCCAAAUGUAAAAUCCGCCAGAAACACCAUUUUGGGAAGUGUAGAUUCGAGUCGAAAUCGCAAUCGCAGUCGCAACCUAAAGUUUAUAGGAUCUGCAAGUCCAAAGAGCAUAGAACUUUGGAAUGCAAGAAAAUGAAGGAUGCAACCUGUUAUUGUUGCAACGAAAAGAGGCACAUAAAGACUAAUUGCCCGAAAAAUCCAAAGAAGCCUGAGGAGGCUAAAAAGACCAAUGCUCGAGUCUUCCAGAUGAAUGCUCAGGAGGCAGUUCAGAAUGACAAUGUUAUAACAGAUAGAUAUCAGAUAUCCCCCUAA